AUGCAAACCUUUGGCAAGGCCACUGAAUUUGUCACAGACUUUAGUAGCACGGUUGAGGACCGACGCAGGCAUGGCAGCAGACGACCGAACCAGGCAAGGCGGCAGACGGGACCUGCAGGGACUGGUGCGGCAGCAGAUGACAGAGGUGGCAGGGACCAGUGCACAACACUGAGAGCAGAUUGCCUCACGACAAUUAAAUCAAAUCAAAAAGAGAUCUAUGAAAUAAAUUUGCCUCUCACCUGUAAUUUCCACUGGCCCAAGGACAGAUGGAAUGUUAAGGGCCAGUUUUACAAUGUAAAUGAAUCUGUUGUUUAUCAUAAUGGUCCCAAUGUUAACUGCUGCUUCUGCUUCUGUAAACCAAGCUGCUUGUACAAGAGGAAAAAGAUGAUUUUCCGCCGUCCCGCCUCUUUUCGGCCUCCACCCGGAUAUGAGCAGUUCUCGCGAGAGCUGGGCCUCUUUCCAAGCCGGCACUCCGUAAGGGCGAGCCCUGUUCAGCUCGGCGCCAAGAUCGUCAAGCCCAAUGGCGAGAAGCCGGACGAGUUCGAGUCCGGCAUCUCUCAGGCGAUGCUCAAGCUGGAGAUGAACUCGGAUCUCAAGGCGCAGCUGCGGGAGCUCAACAUUACUGCGGCCAAGGAAAUUGAAGUUGGUGGUGGCCGGAAAGCCAUCAUAAUUUUUGUACCAGUUCCUCAGCUGAAAUCCUUCCAGAAAAUCCAAGUCCGGCUGGUUCGUGAAUUGGAGAAAAAGUUCAGCGGGAAACACGUAGUCUUCAUUGCUCAGAGGAGGAUUCUGCCCAAGCCAACUCGGAAAAGCCGUACGAAAAAUAAGCAGAAGCGCCCCAGAAGCCGCACGCUCACCGCAGUGCACGACGCCAUCCUUGAGGACUUGGUCUUCCCAAGUGAGAUUGUGGGCAAGAGGAUCCGAGUGAAACUGGAUGGCAGCAGGCUCAUAAAGGUUCAUUUAGACAAAGCACAGCAGAACAACGUGGAGCACAAGGUGGAAACUUUUUCUGGUGUGUAUAAGAAGCUCACGGGCAAGGAUGUUAAUUUUGAAUUCCCAGAGUUUCAGUUGUAAAGAAAAUGACUGAAUAAAGUGUCA